UUCAGGCCCAGUUCCUGCACUUUCUGCAUCGAUUGUCAGUGUCGUGCAACAGCGAAGCAGCAGACGGUAUCUCCGGCGCGGUGGUAGCAGACAACACUGCAAGUUUAACGUGACCGUGCUGCUGAAUGGCAACCGACAGGGACAGGAAUUUUGCCGUGAACUGGCUACGACGGCACCCGUGGCCACGAGAGAAAUGGCAGCUGAAGACUCCCCUAGGAAGCCAAGUGGCAACGAUGCCUUGGCCUUACAGCUGCUGCGGACCAACAAGUGGAGCUGCUAUUACGGACUGCCCUUGUGGGAAUUCACUUCUGCCAAACUCAAAGAGAUAAUGCGGGGCAUGUUGUCAGAACUUCCGGACAGCAAAGGACGCAAGCCACGCCUCUUGUCCCGGCCAUGCAACGUGCUCGGUGGCCACGGGAGGCAGGGCGAGGAGGCGUUCUUCUGUGUGGCGAGUUCGGGCUCCCGGAAGCCCCAUGCUGCGGGGCUGGUGCACAGCGGUGAGAAGGUCUCGCUGGUGUUCCUGUCGGGGUCAGUGAAUGCACGAACUUUCUUGGCCUAUGAGCUGGGAAACAGCUUUGGAGUGACCCUACUCGCUCUACAGCUGGCCCCGUGGCAGCUGUCCAUGGUCGCAGUGUGGGGCCUCUCCUUCCUCGAGCCAGAGGACCCCUCAGAGUGCUGCCUGGAACUCAACAUGGGCGGCGUCAUAAUGGGCUUCAGUGCGGAGGUGCUUGGCCAGCUGCCGCCACCCUCGAGGAGCAUCAGGGUUGAGGACGGGCGGAACUUCCUGCUCGCCCUCUGCAAGCGAGUGUCGAAGCAUGUGCUGUCACAUCACUACCAGGAGCUACCCCUGCGCAGCGUGCGCUUCCUCAACCUGUUCUUGUUGGACCACGAGGGGACAAUGUUGGUGCACAAGACCAUGCUGGUGGCCGGGCUCGUCAAGUACCUCCUGUCCACCGCAGAACAAGCGGUUUUGGGCGACACACCCCCCGACCUCGAGGAAGAGUGACGAUCACGGAGCAGCUCGCCGAGACAGAAACGAGCAUGGGUGGAGAAAGUUCGCAGUACGAGAGUGCUUUGUGAAUGGCAGGGAAUCAUUGCAUAUAGACUGCGUCUAGGACUGGCUAUCAUGAAAGCACCAGCGUGGUUUUAAUCUGCUUCUUUCGCCUUGUGUAUGUGUGUCCCUUUGCUGGCUGCUUUUGUGUGUGCCAUCUUUCAACAGGCCCAGCCAAUCACCUCACUGGACUUCUGGCCACUCAGUCUGCCAGUCCCGCCUACCUGUGAAACGAUGCCGUUGCGUGAAUUUGGCAGUAUACGAUGUGCAACAAGCAUGUUUGAUCAACCUUUGGUGCAUGCUCAGCCUUAAAGGGCCUUUGUGGAAACACUUGAAGGCGCAAGCAUAGAUUGUUGCCUGGCAUGUCUGUUUCACCGACUACUCAGACAAUCGUGGAACAGCGUCAUUGAAAGUUGCGUCACAAGGAGCGGGGGCGCUCGCUGGUCCUUUCACCCACAAGGUAGGUAGAUGCACACUGCAGAGGAGAGUUGGGAGCUGUUGUGGUGAGUAAAAGAAAGAAAAGUGUGUGAAAUCAAAAUAGAAGAGGGACGAAUUUCGCAUAGCAAUUAAUAGAACAAGGCCCAGGAGUAUUUAACGGACAAACGAAAAGAUAUAAACGGCACUCACACCGGUGUCAAACACCACCUUGCCAGUUCUCAAAAGGUAAUACCAUCAUGGCUUCAACAACUCGAACGAAAAGCUGACUUCCACAGCUAAAAAUAAUAUUUAUGGCGGAGCUCCGGUCCCACCAGGAUCGGCCCUCUUAGCCGUCUUUCAUUUUUCACCUCACAGGCAUUCAGAACUGGCAGUUCAGUCGGACACCCUUCUUUCAUUGUUCUGAAGCCGCCGAGCAAUCCAGAUAGGUGCCGUGCUUUUUCGUAUUCCAAAUGUCAUUCGUGCAAUGAUCAUAGAAGGCACACUUCUGGCAUUUCUAAUGAGCUGUGGCAUUUGGAUCAAUUCUUUCGCAGCUUGAUGUGACGUUCUAUACUCUGCAAGACCUUUGUGGUGUCAGUGUGGGAAGGAACGGAAGAGCGUUUUAGGUAUUUCUAAGGGUUUCUUUGGAAGUUCUUAAAGAUGUGUCUCCCAGUAUUUCGCUGUUGCAACUAAAUAGUGAACUUACUUCCGCCAUUAUGCAUCCCUAUUCUUUUAUGUCAUCAUCAUCAAACCUUUACGUUCCUUCAUUUCUCUAUGCAGCAGUUAUAGGCUAGAGCGCUCUAGCUCAUGCCAACCUCUUUGCCAUCUUUCAAGGAAAUCCUCUCGCUGCACAUAAUGUAUUUUUCUUACCCGGACUUGUAUGUUUGCUCAUGUGGCAUCAUUGUUCAUAGUCAUUCUCACAGUCAUUGUACUCUGGGCGCUCGUUUGUUCUACCACCGACACCAAGAAUUUAUGGGGCAUGGGCUUUACAGAGAAGAUGAGUUUUCAUGGCCAACUCCAUUUGUCUCUCACAGAACUGCAGUCAGCUCCUCCAAAUUGCAGACUGUGGUGCCCUCAGGCCUCGCAAACAUUAAAAUUUUUUUUGUCGGAUUCUGCAUUUUUUGCAACUUUCAGUGCCAAUUACGCAUGAUCACUGCCCCUUACAUCAGGUUCAGUCUUCCAAGGCCAGUGAACUCUUGAUCUCUUUGCAAAGGCCUGUUCUACUGUAGUAGAACAAUACAAGUCAUAACAUAAUGCCCUAUUCAACUGCAUCAUGUCAUUCAUUUUUUAGUAUGAACGCAAGCUAUGUUUAUGUAUUGACUUGUCUGUUCUGCAGAGAAAUAAAAUUGUUUUUAAAGCGAAGCUUUCUUUGCCUCUUCCUUUGACCUUUCCACGCUUCUGCUGCUGUCUUGCAUGCCGCGUCACGGGGUUGGUUCAGAGCGUGUAUGUACUGUAUGGAAAGAGAGUGGCAGAGGAAAGAUGAUGCGAGAAACUCAUUUGGACCUUUUCAUCUCGUCGCAUGUGCACAAUGCCCCCUGGAGCUCCCUGGGCGUCGUCACAUUAGCCUCUUGACAGCCGUAAU